AUGUCCGACUCGAACGGGCUUCGCCGCGCCGCAGGUGAUAUUGCUCAUACGUUAGACGGUGCGGGAAUCCCAAGUAUCCUGUGGGGAUACGCGGCGUUAGGCCUAGUGGGACAAGUGAAGACAUCCAAUCUUUACAAUAGAUACCUGAAACCUAAUCCGUUGAAAAAGGACAUUUAUUUCGUUGUUCCAGACGAGCUGGUUCAAAAAGUUACAGACAUUCUCAUCGAUAAUUGA